UUGAGAAGCAAUUUCAUUUGUGCUCCGACGUUCGCAAGCUCGUGUGUUGUUAUCGUGUGAUUUGAGUGCCUGUCGACUGCAUCUCGCGGGGUGUGCAGACAUGGCGAAGUUGGAGCCAGUCGGGGGGAAGAAGCUGAUUAAAGAGUGGCCGACUUGGAUUUUGAAGAAAGCGAAGACGGUGACGCACUACGGAUUCAUCCCUCUCAUUAUCUUCAUUGGCAUGAACACGGACCCGAAACCCCAGCUUUCGCAGCUCUUAAGCCCUGUAUGAGGAUUGGCGAUGCUGUCUUUGGAGGCGAUGGAGUGAAUUCGCCUGAAUAUCUGGAAGCCGUUGUCCUUUCGUUUUCAGCAGUCCGGGGGAGCCAGGUCGAUGGACGUGUUCCAAGUUCGUGAAUCAACGGAACAAAAGAAAUUGUGGUUGGAAUUCAAAAACCUAGUUUUGAUUUUGAAGGAUAUUGUGCAAUUCUAAUUAUAUGACUAUUUCUUAAGUGUUUUGCGAAGUUGAGAGGGUUCUUUGGAUUCCUUUUUGAAUUUUUACCUUCUAAUACAUGUAAAAAUUCACGAAAAUUGUGGCAAUUUUUAUGUGAGUCCUAUGGUUGAGAUAUUUA